AUGAAAUGGCACUUGAAGCUGGCCCAUCUGAAUGAGGAUGCCAUGAAGAGAAUGGUAAGGGAAGGCUUGGCUGAUGGCUUGGGCGGGUUGAUUUUGAAUGACUUUAGGCGGACGCCGCUCAAGUACAUUGCCUGUCAAGAAGCAAAGGACAAGAGAAUGUCGUUCAAGCGCCAACAAGGGAAGCGUGCUACUGAGUGUGGAGCCUGCAUCAGCUCCGACAUCUAUUACGACUCCGGGUGGGGCAAAGUCCUUUCAGCUCGUGCAGGAUGA